AUGAGACGAGUGGUAGUGACAGGCCUUGGUGCCAUCACUCCCUUGGCCGUCGGCGUCCGCCCCACCUGGCGCCGGCUCUUGGACUCUCACUCGGGCAUCGUCAGCGUCGCCGACCUCGAGCCCCAGGACAAGUGGAAAGAACUCACCAGCACUGUGGCUGGGCUUGUUCCCACAGCUUCAAGGAACAAGCAGAAUGUUUCCGAGGAGAACACUUGGAAGGCCGCGGACUGGCUAGAACCGUCAGACCAGAGACGCAUGUCUCUCUUUGCCCAGUAUUCUGUUGCCGCCACCGAGAUGGCCCUGCAAGAUGCUGGAUGGAAGCCCACGAGGCAGGAAGACCUUGAAGCUACAGGUGUCUGCAUGGGAAGCGGAAUCGGCAACUUGGAUGACUUUUACAGCACCAGUGUCACGUACGACAAAGAGGGCUACAAAAAGGUCUCCCCUCUCUUCGUCCCCAAGAUCCUCAUCAACCUCGGUGCCGGCCACGUCGCCAUGCGCUAUGGUUUCCGCGGACCCAACCACUCCGCCACCACCGCUUGCACCACUGGCGCUCACUCCAUCGGUGACGCCUCCCGCUUCAUUGCCUUUGGCGAUGCCGAUGUCAUGGUCGCCGGCGGCUCUGAGUCCUGUAUCCACCCGCUAACUUUCGCUGGCUUUGGCCGGUCCCGCUCACUGUCUACCGCAUAUAACCAUGAUCCGACAUCCGCCUGCCGACCCUUCGACAAGGACCGCGCCGGCUUUGUGGUGUCUGAGGGAGCUGCUGUGCUUAUUCUGGAGGAGCUCGAGCACGCCAAGAGGCGCGGUGCUAGGAUCUUGGCCGAGCUGAAGGGAUAUGGAUGCAGUGGUGAUGCACACCACAUGACGGCACCGAGGGAUGAUGGUUCAGGAGCGUUCCUGUCUAUGAAGAGGGCACUCAAGAACGCGGGUGUGAAGCCGGUGGAGGUGGACUAUAUCAAUGCCCAUGCUACGGGAACGGCUGUGGGGGAUGCGGCGGAGGCGAUUGCCAUUCAGUCGCUGAUGAUGAGCGAAGAAGGAGUGGACAAUGAAUCCAAAAUCACGGUUAGCAGCACCAAAGGAGCGAUUGGCCAUCUCCUUGGUGCGGCGGGAGCCAUUGAGUCUGUCUUUUCGGUUUUGGCCAUUGCUGAGGGGGCGAUACCACCUACUCUCAACUUGACCAAUCCCAACGUUGGUGUCGGCUUCAACUUUGUCCCUUUCGAAGCGCAACAAAAGGAAGUCAAGGUGACCAUGUCCAACAGCUUUGGUUUCGGGGGCACCAAUGCCUCCCUGGUCUUCUCAAAAUUCGAGUAA